GUUCCAAGUGAUUUCAUCCAAGCCAUGAGCAAACGGAACCAAGUGUCCUACGUGCAGCCCGCGGAGCCAGCCUUCCUGUCCCGCUUCAAGGAAAGAGUCGGCUACAAGGAGGGGCCCACCGUAGAGACCAAGAGAAUACAGCCUCAGCUCCCAGAUGAAGAUGGUGAUCACAGUGACAAAGAAGAUGAGCAGCCUCAAGUGGUAGUUUUAAAAAAGGGAGACCUUACAGCUGAAGAAGUCAUGAAAAUUAAAGCAGAAAUAAAGGCUGUCAAAGAAGAUGAAGAACCACCUCCAGCUGAUGGAAGAAUCAUGUAUCGAAAACCAGUUAAGCGUUCCUCAGAUGAAAAGUAUUCAGGUUUAACAGCAAGCUCAAAAAAGAAAAAAACAAAUGAAGAUGAAGUGAAUAAGCAGGAUUCGGUUAAAAAGAACUCACAAAAGCAAAUCAAAAACAGUAGCCUUCUUUCUUUUGACAAUGAAGAUGAAAACGAGUAAGUGUAAACAUUUUAGACUUAGUUUCCUUUGAAAGCAGUGGGGUGUUUUUGAAAAUAAU